UCGGAUCAUUGCUAAAUUCACCAACAUAAAUAUCCAAACAUUUUUCCUAUUAUAUGUACUCAGACAAACUCGGUAAAAGGUGCCCAUCAUUUUGUGAUAGUAGGACUUGGGCAGUCUACAGUAAUUCUUUAUUCAGUACCUCUUUCUUCCUGCCACAAAUAGACUAUAAUCCACUAAUGCAUUAUAGAGUAAAAUUUAACUUCAACACUACAUGUAACACAAACUGACAGAUCAGAUCAGGCCACAACAGGUAAAUUUUAUGGAUAACAUCCUCUGAAGACAGCAAAAAUGGUGAGAUAGGACUGAAAAAACAAGAUUUAGUAAAAAAAAAAAAAAACACACAACAAGAUGGCCAAAUUUUCAAAACAGACACCAUAAAUGUUUAGAAUUAAAGUGACAAAACAUGGUAGCACAGCCAACAAGUCAUUCUAUCCUGUAUUCAAGAAAAGCUCUAUUGUAGUAAAAGUGACACUAGAGUAGUAUACUCAUAAUACUGGUAUCGCUGGGUCCACCUCAAUACCGGAAUACAAAGGAAAACACAUGAAGGAGGGCGAAAUUUACCGAAAUACAAUAUAUUUUGAUGAAUAAACAUUGCAGGUUGUCAUCCUAGUAUUUUGGCACAGAAUAAUCUGUAUGUGGCCCUGGAAUGAUGAAAUCGUCAAACAGCCUGGCCUGGCGGCCAUGUUUGUUAUCAUUUGCAAAGGACAAUGUUUGUUUAGCGGGGUCUGAGAAGUUGCAUAACAAGAGAGGUGAAAUCUAACGAAAUUUAGAAUGCUUUGACGAGUAAACAAAAGGGCUGUUACAUUUUGGCAUAAAACAAUUGUAUACAUGGUACAGAGACAUACAAGAAAUCACAAAAAAUAGAGCUUUUGUUGAGGGGAGAGCACUGAUCAGUGAUAUCCAACAACGAUCUUAUGCCGUGUUUGCAUCUUUCCAGCAUUAGAACCUUGCCCCAAUAUGUUGGAAAUCGUGAAUAAAAGCCACUGCUUUUUCAUUUUUUCCACGUCAGUCACAUUCCCAAUUUCGGUACAAUCUCAUCAUGUUGACCAAUCUGAAAGAUUUUGAAAUUCUCCCAUUUUUUUUCUUUCUUCUGACAAUCAGACAAAAAUUAAUGAGCAUACUGAUGUUAUUCAUAAAAAUUACUUGAUUUGGCCUCACUACAAUUAUUUUUAACAGCAGUGACCCGUAGCUUUGUCCGCAUAGGUGUCACGUUGAAAAAAAAGAUGAACAGACUGACAAUUAUCUGUGACGUACAUAACAAGAGGUACAAAGGAUGAACUCAUUGAAUGUCAGUCAAAUCAGAAUGAAUGCAUUUGCCCUGAGAUAUGUUUACCUUUCUGUCUAGGGCAACUGGAAGAAGCUUAACAAAGCCACAAAACAGAAACACAGCAUUGUCGGUCCAUGCAAAGCCUGUCUGUUGGAUCACGGUACUCACUGGGACUUCUACAACAAGCAGAUUAAGUGCACCAGAGUGCGCAAUGAACUGAAUGACAGUAUUCCACAGCUGACCCAAGUCAAACGCAUCCUUGCUGAAGUGCAACAAAUAGAGGUGAACAUCAAAAAGAAUGAAAGGGCCAAGAAACGAAAGUAUGCCAGUGAGCUCAAAAGAAGCUUUGAAGAAGCACAAAGGGUAAACAACAAAGAUGUAGAAGUUGCCUAUGGAAACACUGAGUCCCUACGUGCAAGAAAGAACAGAAGGCUUGCAGAGGAGUUUGAAACAAGGGCAGAGGCAGAAACACGAACAAAAAAAAGGAAGCGUCAGGAGGAAACAGGACAAAGAAAAUGUAAGAAAAGACUGGGCAACUUCGAUGACUGGGGAAACUUUGAUAGAGAUGCACUUAAGGAGGAAGUGAACAGCCUUGAAGAUGGCACAGCAGUAAACUGGACUCAGCUGGCACGGAAAUAUGACAUCAAAGGGCUUGAUGGGAAACCACUUCAAAAUGCUGGACAGUUACUCAAACUGUGGUUGCAGAAAGAAGACAUCAAUACAGACCGAUUCCAGCAACAAUCACCAGCGGUCCGCGUGCGCAGAGCACGACAAAGAGUUGUUCAGGGGUCAGACUUGACACUUCCAAAGAAGCGCACAGAAAGGGAAAUCAGUAAGGAGAUGUCUAAGAUGAUUGAAAGUGGGGAAGUUCCCAUUGGUGAAUUUGUGGUUCCGAGGACCUACGAGAAGUUCUAUCUGAACAAAGACGGCAACAGAAUAGAAACUAAGAUCAUCACCACUGCAGGUAGAAAAAAACCACUACAUGAACUGAGGCAGUACAUGCUAGAAACAGAACUACCAUUCAUGAGGGAUGCCACAAACUGUGCAGAGAUGACAACAGAAGAGUUGCAGCAGGGACUGAUGGAUUUAGGAGAGUACCAUGAAGGGGAAACAGAAGGGUCCAUGAGACAUCGCUUGGAGUCCUUCCGAACAACAAGAAACCUCAUGUACUGGGAAGAUGGUGCAACACUGGCUAACCAUGGCUACAUCCUGUACCUUUUUUCCACCAUAUAUGACGAAGCCAUCCAUCUCACAGACACCGAGUAUGAGCAGAAGUUCAACUUAAAAAUCUCAGUGCAGUCUGCAGUGGAGCAACCACACGUAUACUUAAUUGCAAGAAGCGGCAGCUCGGAUGCAGAACAACUGCUGUACGCACAAACAAGAAGAGAUGACUUACCAUCACUCUCUUUCCCAGUGACGACACCAGACGGUAGAGAAUUUAAAGAUGUUCUCCGUUUUUUCAAAGGAGACAACCCUUCUCGCCAAUUUGAAAUGGGCCAGCAGAGAGGAGGAUUCCACCCCUGCCUAUGCCCUGCAGACAGCAGAAUGAUGGACAGCCCCUCGGCAUGCAACGAUCCUGUCAUGACCAUUCAAGACAGACAACAGUUUCUCCUAGAAGGGCCCAUCACUUCCCAGAAAGCGUCAUCAUCCCUACCAGAACCCUUCAGUCAGAUGUCGAAGGAGGAAUUGAAAGAUGAAUUGACCUACAGAGGAGAGGUGCCUUACGACAGAGCAGACAGCAUGACGAAGAAAGAUCUGCAGCAAGGAAUGAAGCAUGUGCUUCGUGGCAUUAAGAGAAGCCCCACCCUCCUUCAACCUGACCCAACACAAGACAUCACAGAAAUCAACUUACAGAAACUGGAAAUCCCCGCGAGUGAAAGCAUGCACGACUUAUACAACCACACCAAAAACAUCUUCGAAGAGCUGCCAAAACGCGUCCCAAAAGUCGCAGAAACAAUAGAAACUGUGAGGAAAACCACUCUUGGCAACAAAGACACCGUACGGGCAUCUGACAUGCGACACUUCCUAGUGCUAGUUACAAAGGAGCUGGAACAGCAAGGACAAGCAGAAGAGAACGUCAUGAAGCUAUUACACAGUCUUGUAGAAAUGCAAAGGCUGUGUUAUGCUGCUGCAGACAAACGUGACAUGACCUCCAUUUACCGGAUGCAGAACACAAUGCACGUACACAACCUCAUGAUGAAAGAAAUCUUCCCGGGAGAUCCAAAGUCCAUCACAAAGAGAAAGCUCUGGGGCAGUUACAUUCAUUCCCUGAGAGAUCAUACACCCAUCGUAUACAGGGUUGCUCCAAUAAGCUCUCUUCUGGCCGAAAAUGAAGAAAGGCAAUUUGGCACAUUCAAGCGCAUCACCAAAGCCUCUGCUAAUUAUGCGAAUGAAGGUCAGAUCAUCACCAACCUCAUGGUAAAAACGCACAUCCACAACAAGAAUGGAGGAACCCGUGGACAGCAAAAUAACAACAACAAGAUCUCUCAAGUAGCGAAACUUUUCUCACAACCAAGAACCAGGAUUCCAGUGGCCCUGCUACAGAAGUAUCCACGGGACACACAAACCUACGUUGAGCGUGUCAGUGACUUCAUGCAGGAGGGGUACGGCCAACACUGGCACAUCGAAGAGGAAGAGCUUGUGCUCCAUGAUGCACCGUCAGACACCCCUCUCUCAGCUCCACAACACUACCGCUCCACGUCGAUCAAUGAAGUUCACCACCAGCUUAAACAGUCAUUUGAGGAAUGUCUCCAGAAAGGGGUACCCCUGCCAGCAAGUAAAAUCUGGAUUUAUGAAGGGCAAAGCUUGUCCAAGAAGGUGAAAACCCCUUUCCUGGAGACAGGAUACAGCUUCACUAAUCAGAAGUUCAAUUACUACAAUCACCAGCCUGCAGAAGAAGAGACAACGUCAGAAGAAGAAUCUGAAUCAGUGGAGGAAACAGAGGAGGAUACAGAGGACGAAACAGAGGAGGAAACAGUCAUCAGGAUGGAAAGGCUAGACCCCAAGCCUGAACUGGAGCAGUUUGAAGAUACAGCUGAGAUCACCAUGUGAGUUUAAAAGCCUCUUUGUUGUACACAUAUAUUAAA